AUGGCCGCUAAACAUGGCUCCUCUGAUCUCUUUGAGCUGUCAGCGCCGUCCUACUAUUCUUCAAGAGACCCGCUAUGGGCUGGGACCUCGCUGGACAGACCGCCGGACACAGUGACUGCGCGGCGGCAGGAACCAGGGAAAGUCCUCGAUAUCGGUCGCUAUGGCUUCAGCGUGCUGUCACUCGGCAACCUUGUCAUCAGCGGUGCAGUUGGGUUCCUCUGGUUUCUGUGGAAGGCUGACGACCGCAACCAUUUCUGGCGAUGGAUCGUUGCUGGGGGACACAUUGCUCAGGCUAUUGCCUUGACAGCACUGGUCAUUCGAUUUGCAGUCUUCGCGCAGGCAGCGUUAUGUACAUCGAUGUUGGCAAGCCUGGCACUGCAAAAGUUCCAGGUCACGCUGCCAAAUUCUGUACCAAUGACUCUUUUGCAACACCAGAAUAAUGGACCUCACCAACUUGUCGUCAAUCUUUUUGGAUCGUGGAAGAAAGGCAAGGCUGGCGUCCUGGGGCUGUUGGCGGUAAUUCUCAUGUUGACGACAACGGUUGUCCAAUUCACCUCGACGAUUCUGCUCUCCGACCUACAAAUCAGCCCCAUUUCGGACGUGGUUCGCGCGUUGUCAAUUCCGGCAACCAUAAAUUGGGAUGCUGGGAUCUCUUCCCAAGCGACUUGGUCUGGCGACGGGUACAUGCUCCUAGCCCCAAGUCAAUAUCCUGCCUUUGCCGAAUACUCGCAAACCGAGGGUCAUCGGGAAACGAUUGAUGGUGUCCACGACACAGGGACCGUGAUGCGGGCUUUCAUGCCGGUCACCCAGAAGAGUUCGCGGGAAAUGCUUCGAAGUUACAAGGGGAUCGCCACCACUUUGGACUCCCGGGUUGUCUGUGCGCGGCCUACCAUCAAGCGUGCAUCCCUCGAUAUCGGCAACGUCGACGAGUGUGCAGGACCCAGGAUCAGCGGCGACGUCUCGACCGACCUAAGCUCGGUCCCGCGGUUUCGCUAUCAUGAAGACGACAAAGUUACAGAGACCUUCAAUUGUGGUACUGCUGUCCCCAACGCGCAGUGGCCCUCAGAGUGGUCCUUGAUGAGUUGUCCUGUAACUCAAACAGCCGGCAUCAUUUCAGCCAUGGACAGUAUUGACGAGGUACUCGAUCCGAGCAGUGGCACGCGAUACGGAAUGAAUACAUAUAUGCUGUAUGGUGUAGGUCAAGCCUAUCUGCUCGUCAACACCACAGGAAGUUGGGGCCGGUGGCUCAACUACUGCAAGCGACGGAAGAUCUUCGACGACGGUGGCGGGCCGACCGUGUCAAAUCUCACUUUGGCCUCUGAGCAGGAUUACAUCGAGAAGGGCGAGUGGCUUGAUAUUCCCACCAACGACCCGGAGAUUACCUUUUCGCUUUCACUUUGCUACAGCGCCUUCAACGUGGUAGACCGUGAUAUCAGCGCCGACGGUUUGCGGAAUCGCACCGAGCCAAACAUGGAAUGGGACUAUGAUAACCGCACGUUUAGCACAGACGGAAUUCGUCGGCAACUAGGCACCCUCAGACUCAACGACAGCAGCACCCUGUCCUCGCCCAACGAUACUCUGGCAGAGCGAGGCAUUCUGGCUCUCGCACCGUUUGCGUCGAAUGCUUCAGCAGAUGGUUGGGUUUCGAAUUCCACAACGCGACGCCGAUCGCGCACGGGGCAAGCAAUUCUGCUCAAUGCGAACCUGGGGUGGAAGAAUACGGCACUCACAUUCUGCUUGGACUGUCAGCCCUCGCUCGAGAACUCUUCGUCAAUCUCCGCCACGGGAACUGACGGGUCCAAAGGGCCGUCUUCACUGCACCCACACCAUCUAAGCCUCAUGACCACCACCCUCAAAGCCACAGGACAUCCUGCCUAUGCCUUGCAGAGUGUCUUCACCAACUUGUUCUCCAUGUCGUAUUAUGAUCUUGCCCUGAAAUUCGACGAGCGGGAGGAUGUUCAGUCCAGUAGUUUCGUGUUGGCGCUGAGGCCAAUGACGUGGAAAGCGUUUGCGAGUGUACUGGUGCUGCUGAUCGUCCACCUUGCCCUGAUCAGUAUUGUGGUCAUCUUGUUCGCGAGUCAAGGGGAAGGUGUGAUAGGCGGCGGCUGGGCGAGUGUCAACCAACUCCGCAGCCAGUCGUUAAACAGGUGGAUUGAUGGCCAUGCAGCGGGGAAGAGAGAUCGAUGGGUGGGAAAGGAGAUGAAGCGCCGCGGAGACAGAGAGAAAUGGGUUGGUGUUGGAGGGAAUGGUCGGAUUGAGGUUCGAGGGGUCAAGACAACGGGGGUUGAUCUGUAA